AUGGACCAAGCUACGUACGAAAAAUCGGUUGUCGAUCUGGUUUCCGUCCACGGGUUGUCGCUGCGAACCCUUAACAGCCCAGCCAUGCGUUGCCUAAUGAAUCCGUACGAAGAAGCUCUGAACAUUCCGGCCAUCAAUUCGGUUUCUGUAAAACCAAUGUUAUCGGACAUUGCCGGAGAGGUGAAAUCGAAGAUCAUCCGAGAAGUUACUGGUAAAUUCAUCUGUCUCAAGCUCGACAUUGCUACUCGUCUUGAUCGAGACAUGUUGGGCAUAAAUAUCCAGUUCAUGAAGCGAAAGAAGCAGGUUGUCCGAACUCUUGGCAUCAUCCAGCUCAAGCAGCGGCACACGGCGAAAGUUAUCAAAGAAGAGGUCAUGCGGGUGCUGCAAAACUACGGUAUUGAUUUGGAGUCGAUUUACUCAAUUACCACAGAUAAUGGGUCAAAUAUGCUUCUUACAAGCGAGCUGAUUGAAGUAGACUUGGAUGAACUCCUUGAAGAGCUCCAUGAAGAGAGCUGUUCCGAGAGCGGGGACGAGGAUGGCGACGAAAAACCCCAAAGAGUCGAUGACGAAGACUUUGAUCGUACUGAUGAACUACGGAACAUAUUUUCGGCCGUCCGUUGUGCUGCACAUACGGCGCAAUUGGCCGUGCUGGACACCCUGAAGGAGACAAACAUGCGGAAACACAUCUCGGCGAUCAAGGCGUUUGUUAAGUAUCUACGAAAAAUGCCGUACAAAAAUUUACUCAAGAGUGACAAUAUCAACAAGCCGGUUCUUAGCUGCGACACGCGUUGGAACUCUGCCUACGCCAUGGCCAAAUCCCUCCAGGACAACAAGCAGUACAUCGCGAACAUGACCAAAAACGACAAGGUCUGCCAUUUAUCCGAGUCGGAGUGGGACUUUAUUGAAGCGUUUGUGCACGGCUUCAAACCGAUGGCGGUGUUGACUAAUGCUUUACAGGCAGAGCAGUUAACUCUGAGCGAUUUCUACAUCUUGUGGUUCCGAUGCAAGCUCGCGCUCAAAAAGCAAAACGAUACAAUGUCGUUGAAGCUCCUUCAAAAUAUGGAGAAAAGAGAGCCUUCUCUACUGAACAACAAGGCCGUGUUGGCCGCAGCAUACGUAGAUCAGCGAAUAAACUACAAGCAAAGUCCUAUUUUUGACGAUGAUCAAAGAGCAGCUGCGUUGCGCCAUCUGAAGCUCGUCCUGCGGCGAAUAAGUCUUAGAAAAGGAACCGACCAACCGCAAGGAGUUCCAAGGUCGAGUCAGUCAGUUAACUCUGACGAAGACCCUCUGGAAGAGUUCCUGGUUGACCACGAAAAUUCGUUCGAGCAGACGCAAUCUGGAUCAACACUUGAAAAACUCGAGAAUCUUUCACUGAAGCCUCGACUGAAGCUGACCGAAAACCAGAACAUAAUCGAAUACGAAUCGAGGAAAUGGGCAAGGAUCAAGAAAUGUGGGAGCUUGUUUCAGUAG